CGCGUUUUCCCGGCGCCUGCCGCCUGGCCGCUCCAGCCUGGUUCGCAGUCUCGGCCGGAGCUGGCGCCCUGGAGGAAGGGUUCAAAUCCGCGCGCAAGGGAGCUGCAGCGCGCGAGGGGUGCGGAUGGGCGCCAGCAUGAAGCAGCCGCCUGUGCCCUGGUGAAGCUUCAUGGCCACAGCCCCAGGCCCUGCUGGCAUUGCCAUGGGCAGCGUGGGCAGCCUGUUGGAACGGCAGGACUUUUCCCCUGAAGAGCUACGGGCGGCACUCGCAGGGUCUCGGGGUUCCCGGCAGCCUGAUGGGCUCCUCCGGAAAGGCUUGGGCCAGCGCGAGCUCCUCAGCUACCUGCACCUUCCCAAGAAGGAUGGCAAGACCACCAAGCGGGCCCCUCGGAAUGAGCCUGCCGACUAUGCCAGCUUCUACUACCGGGAGCACCCUCGGGCUGGUGACUUCAGCAAGACCUCGCUGCCUGAACGGGGGCGUUUUGACAAGUGUCGCAUUCGCCCAUCAGUAUUCAAGCCGGCCUCGGGCACCGGGAAAGGCUUCCUGUCCAUGCAGAGCCUGGCGGCCCACAAGGGCCAGAAGCUGUGGCGCAGCAAUGGCAGCCUGCACACCCUGGCCUGCCACCCGCCCCUGAGCCCUGGGCCCCGGGCCAGCCAGGCCCAGGCCCGUGCCCAGCUGCUGCACGCCCUCAGCCUGGAUGAGGGCGGCCCCGAGCCCGAGCCCAGUCUGUCCGAUUCCUCCAGCGGGGGCAGCUUUGGCCACAGUCCCAGCACUGGCCCCGGCCCCUUCAGCUCCUCCCUGGGCCACAUUAACCAUCUUGGGGGCUCCCUGGACCGGGCCUCACGGGGUUCCAAGGAGGUUGGGCCACUGGCUCUGCUGAACUGCCUGCCUGAACCACCGCCCCCCUACGAAUUCUCCUGCCCCGCCGCCGAGGACAUGGUGGCUGUGUUGCCGGACACCUGUGAGGAGCUCAAGAGGGGCCUGGGUGAGGAGGAUGGCGCCAGUCCCUUCACACAGGUGCUGGAAGAGCGCCAGCGGCUGUGGCUGUCUGAGCUGAAGCGCCUCUACCUGGAGCGACUGCACGAGGUGACCCAGAAGGCCGAGCGUAGUGAGCGCAACCUCCAGCUGCAGCUGUUCAUGGCCCAGCAGGAGCAGCGGCGCCUACGCAAGGAGCUGCUAGCACAGCGGGGCCUGGGCCCGGAGCCCCGGCCACCAGGCAGCCUCCCAGAGGCCGAUCCUAGUGCCCGAGCAGAGGAGGAAGCCCGCUGGGAGGUGUGCCAGAAAACAGCAGAGAUCAGCCUCCUGAAGCAGCAGCUGCGGGAAGCCCAGGCGGAACUGGCUCAGAAGCUAGCUGAGAUCUUCAGCCUGAAGACACAACUUCGGGGCAGCCGGGCACAGGCCCAGGCCCAGGAUGCAGAGCUGGCCCGGCUGCGGGAGGCCGUGCGGAGCCUGCAGGAGCAGGCCCCUCGGGAGGAGGCCCCGGGCAGCUGUGAGACCGAUGACUGCAAGAGCAGGGGGCUGCUGGGGGAGGCGGGAGGCGCUGAGGCCAGAGAUGGGGCUGAGCAGCUGCGGGCCGAGCUCCUGCAGGAGCGGCUCCGAGGCCAGGAGCAGGCGCUGCGCUUUGAGCAGGAGCGGCGGACGUGGCAGGAGGAAAAGGAGCGGGUGCUGCGCUACCAGCGGGAGAUCCAGGGCGGCUACAUGGACAUGUAUCGCCGCAACCAGGUGUUGGAACAGGAGCUGCGGGCGCUGCGCGAGCCCCCGGAGCCCUGGAGCCCUCGACUUGAGUCCUCCAAGAUCUGAGGCCCUCGGAGCAAGCUGACAGCAGAGGCACUGUCAGAAGAUGGCUUGGACAAGCCCACCCUGAGACGGCCAGCUCCUUGCUUACAUUGGUCUGGGAUGGAAGCUGCUGAGACCAGCCAGGGAUGGAGAGGCUGGCCGAGAGGAGGGAUCCAGUGGGGCUGUGGGCUGGAUGGGGUGUCAGUAGCAGGAGGAGCCAGGGCAAGAUCCCCCUGGCUGAGGAGUCUCCAGGCAGAGCCCAGCCCUGGAGUAGGGGUGGCCCAGGAAAGGAGGUUUGCAAGUGAAGAGCCCUGUGAGGCAAAAAGGGCCAGCGUGAGGAGGGGAGGCUGAGAUGGGAACUUUGGCCUCCCCAGAAUAAAAUCACAUUUUCUACGAGGAAUUACUAGGUGAUAACGUCAGGCCUGUCCCUGGCCUGAGUGCAGAGGACUGUGGAAGGUCCGGGUUGGGGCUGUUGGCCUGGACUGUAGCUCCGCCAUGUCCAUGAUCGGUGGGCAGGGUGUAUCCGGCACCUCUGUGUGCAGCUGCUGGACAGGCAUGUUCGGGAGUGGAGGGAUCCUUGCCCUGGCACCACAAAGUUUCUUAGCUGCCAUGUGAGCUGAAAUUCCUUUCUUUAGCAUCAGUGAGACUUUUAAUAGGGAACAAUGCCAGGGAACCCAAGAAAACAAAGGGACAAGUCAACCAAGCCAUUGCUAGAAUAUGAAAUGUCCUCUUGGUAAAAAGUCUGGGCUCCCAGGUCCCAGGCCCGGCUGGAUGUGGGGCCAGCCUAAGACAGCUUCUGCUGGAGAGCCUUAUGCCUCCAGUAGUCUGCCCCUCCCAGAACUUGCCUCCCACCUUUCUCUCUGGCUGGUGUACCCCUCCCUCCAUUGGGAUGAGAGCCAGGAAAGAUGCAGGAAAUGAGGCAGAGAAAGUUCGAUAAAGGACUAGAACCGCAGCAGGGAAUGCGGACAUUUCCCCAUAGGGAUAUGGGGCCAUGGGGUAUUCUUGAGCAGGAGUGUGAGGUGUGAUCUGUUUUCUGGAAAGUUCUAUCCUGGGAGGAAGCACCUCUGUACCUGGCCCUGCAUUGCCUGAUCCUUGCUCUUAGCCAAGGCUUGCUGGUCCUUGCCCCUAAAACCCACUCCCAUCCUCCCUGGACCCUUGCUCCCUCCUGGUGGGUUACCUAGAGCACAGAACCAGUCAGGCUAUGCAAGUGGCAUCUCCCCAGCCCUUGCUGUGAAGCUUGGUGUCCUUACAGAUGCAUUAGUGUAUCUUCUGCCACACAUGGAGCACUUCCUGUCUGCCUGGUGCUGCAUUAGGCUGUCUGGGGCCUGGGGGCUCAGGGUUGAAUGAGAUGUGCUUCCUGCUGCAGGGGAAUCAAUACACAGACAUCUCCCUCCAAGGCUGCCUGAUGGGGCAGGGGCCACCUCAGAUCUCUGCAGACACCCCCAGUUUGCUCCCUGUGGCUGUGCUCUGCUCCUUCCCUGGCCACACCUGGCAGCCCCCUCAGGUGGGCCCUGAUGGUGGAGUGGUGUGCAGGGGUAUGGACACAGCUGUGGAGUGUGAGCCAGUGGGCCCCGCCUUUUUAGGGCGGAGAGUGGGGUGUGUGUGCUGUCUGCUGUGGGGAUAAUGUGUUUAUGUCUGUGUGAGUGGCAGGUGUGUUCAGCAGAGAUGUGCUGUGGGUGGUGGGUGUGUCUAAGGGGGUGUGUUUGGGCCUCCUGGGUUGGAGGCUAGGUUGGGGCUCCUCCCUCUGUUCCAUUCUUUCCCACCCUUCUCAGCCCCUUUUAGUCCUGGCCAGGCUUGACUAGAGCUUGUGGCCAGGUCAGACCCCUGGGCCUUGCUGAGAGCUAUCUGGGCUCACCCCUGAGCCAGGCCCUCUGCCUGGGGAGGGAAAGUAGGGACACCUGGGUUAGGCAGGCCUAUUCUUCACAGGCCUUGAUACCCAUUGUACACACCCCACCCAAUCAAGCUUUCUGGGUCAAUGGUUCCUCCAAAGGUCCCUCCAGAGUUCAGUGCUAGCCUGAAGCCUGGCUCACCCCAUGGGCUGGAGCUGGUCAGGCUGGCUACCCAUGUGGUCCACGGUGGCUGGGGUCUACUUGGUGGUGUCCCAGCUCUGCAGAAGAGCUCCCCACCCAGCAAUUAGGGAGCCGGGCCGGCCAGCACAGCCAGCAGGGAGUGGGUGGGCGGUACCAAAACUUGGCAUCUGUGCCAGAAACCAGGGCCAGGCCCAAACGUAGGGGAGGGCGCGAGAGAGCUGAAGCUGGGGCGGCACAGAGGGAACCGGCUCCUGUUAGCUCAUCGCUGCCAGGAAAACCAGUUCCCUGUCCCCAAGCCGGCUGGGCAGCUCUGGGGCCAGCUGAUCACAGGUGCCACUGUAGUGGCUACCCCUUGGGGCAGCCCCUCCAUCCUGCCCCCAGUGGAUCCCUCAGCACCCCAGCUGUCCUCUGACCCCCUUUCCCAGCAGACUAGGCCCAAGAGCUGAUUCUUUCCAGAACUGAGACUAGCUCCCUGCACUGGACUCCCUCCUUUGGUCCCUCUUGUUCUCAACUCGAUAGUGUGCGUCCUCCAGUGGCUCCUUGGGUCCCUUAGCCUGUCACUUGAGGCUUCCAACAGUCUUGCCUCCAGGAUCACUGAUGGUGGCACCCCUCCUAAUCCCAACAGCCCUCUGGGCCCUCGUUCUCCAGGCAGUCUCCCCGCCACUCCCCGACCAUGAUGCUCAGAUUUUCCCUCCUUAGGGAAGCCCUCGCUGAACUCACACCCUAUCCAGGCAAUUCCUUUCUCCCUAUGCCUGCAGCCCCUGUUUCUCUCCACCAGCUCUAUCUGUUCUGUUGGAAUGGUCAGUUUGCCUUUGUUUCCCACUGGGCUGUGGGCCACAUCUUCUGUUUUCAUCCCCAGCGCCUGCUGUGGUUCCGGCCCAGAAAGCACUGGGGGGGCUUUGGAGUCAAGAGAGACCAGACCCCUUCCCUGACUGGCAUGGGUUCAAGCUAGAGGUGGUAGGGGGUGGUGGCAAAGGCUCAAAUGCCAAGCGUUCAUUCACCGUUCAUGCCACCUGGUCCGACCAGGUCUGUGUCAAGCACCACCAUCCACUGCACAGUGAUGUAUUGAGUGCCAACUUCGGGGAGGAAGCUGAGGUGGUCAAGGCCUUUGCCCCUAUGGUCCUUUCCAGAGGAGAGGGAAGGAGACAACACAUACGGGUCCACAACAGUGACUGGGCCAGAAGAGUGCCAACAUUACAGAGGUGAGGACAACAAAGGCACCUGCACAGUGGUGAGGAGGUCAGCAGAGCACGCAGAAGGCAGAGGGAGUCCAUCUGGGGGACUGAGAGUAGAUUUCUUUGAGACUGGUUGGCUGUGGGUAUUAGGGAAACCUUUCCCAAGGAGGGUGUAGGCCCCACAGUGACAAUUCAGAUGGCAAUAACCCACCAUUCUAGUAGGUGGAGGCUGAGCCCUCUAUAUUGGAUUCAGAAAAGAUAACGUGCUCUUUCUUGUAGAAAAAACAAGAAAUAUGAAAUAAUGCAGCAAAAACAAAAAGUGAAAUAUGUUAUGAGAGGUGAAGUUUGAAUGCCAUGGGAGUUCAGAGGAGAGCUGGCUCACUUAUCACUCCAGGUGGUGGGGUGGGGCGAGGGGAUAAAGGUUGACCAAACUUUGGGCAGGCACAUCCAAGCUUUCUGACUGUGCCUUUCUGUGUGCUUCCUUGUGCAGCCCAGUUCUAGCAAGAAUCCUGCUAAGUUAGGUUAGCCAGAGUCUCCCAUCUUCUAUGUCUAAACACCCUCCAUAUUCCAAUCUGGUUCCUCCACCUCCACCAUCUCCCACAUUAUGUCUGGUCACUCUGGCUUGCCUUCAUUGAGAAUUCUCUGCGGUCGUUUAGCCAGUUCCCCCUGCCCCCUGAUUUUUCCUCUUAGUAAUUUUUCAUCCACUGACCUCCACCCUGCACCUUGACUAUGAAAUAUACUUUUCCUUGUAUUUGGAAUUGAGGCCACUCUCUGACCCUUACAUAAAAUCCCAUUCCAGUAGCCCCCACUGAAUAAAGUCUUCCUUACCACUCUUCAACACA